AUGACCAGUACGUUUUUUGAAUUUCCGAAAACCCGUCCGUUUAUAAACUCUAGCUAUCGUCAAUCAGUGAAUAAACCUCCAGUUAUACCUUACCCAGAAAGCAACAGAGACGGAAUUUACUCUGCCAUGAAGAACCUGCAGGAUAAAGUGCGAAGACUGGAACUAGAGAGAACUACAGCAGAAGAUAAUCUGAAAAACUUAUCGAAUGAAACAGCUAAAUAUAGUUUAUGUUUACAGAAAUCUCAGGAAACUGAAAAUUUAGCCAAUGAAAUAGUCAAUAAACAGACAAAAGUUGACUACAGGCUGGCUUUUAAAUCCACUGCAGUGGCAUCAGAAUUUUCUUACCUUGAGGUGGAUUCAAACUGGAGAAAAAAAUGCAGACGUAUUACAGAAACCCAUUCUUCAAUAUCUAUUUAUAUCUUUAAAAUUAUUUCUCUUAAGUUCAUAAAUUUUCUCACUUCUGAUUGUAAUAAGUGUCCCAGUUACCUUAGAAUUUAUUUAGAACAUAAUUAUAAUAUAUUAUCAUGGUCUUAUCAAUAUUUAGAAAAUAAAAUACGUGAAUUAGAACAGAAACUAAGAGAAGAAGAUAUUCAUCGUCAAAUGAUCAUGGAUCGUGCUAAUGAUAAUAAUUAUAACGGACUAGAUGAACAUCCUAUUAAACUGUCAGAGCGACCUAAAACUAAAAAAAUCGUGAAAAAGAAGAAAAAGAAAUCUGGGAAUGAUAAAAAUCAUCCUCAUAAAAGUUGUAGUAAACAUUACGACCCAUCCUCUCAUUAUAGACUCAAUUUAAACGAGAUACCUUUUGUAGCUGGAACAGCCACAACUCCAAGUCAUUCUGUAGGUGCUAAUAUCCAGAAAGUAAUUUCUAUGAUGAAAUCUCACAACCUAGCGUUAUGUUCGUCUAUGUAUAACCACGGAGGACGGUCGGGAAGUGUGUCGUCUGCUUCCAGUACUACUAGUCUAGAUAGUGACAUGACAGAAAUAUUACAACAGCUACAGGACGAGUUCGGACAACUUAGUUUUGAACAUAAAGAACUGUCCAAUCAGAUUGAAGAAACGUCAGAUUACGGAGUACGUCGUGAUUUAAAACGAGAGUUAGAUCGGGUGGUUAGAAGACUGGAAACUAAAAGUCAACAGAUCUCUAAAGUUAGAGCUCAUCAACAGAAGUUAUCAGAAAUGAAGAGAAGAGUAAAAAACAGGAAAAGAGAAAAUUCUGUGAAAAAAUCACUACCACCGAGACCUGUGUCGGCAAGGGAACGAACUCCAAAUAAACCUAAUUUAACGAAACAAACAUUAAAUAAACCAACUAGUCCUAGAUCAGUGGCAGCCAGAAAUGUUUUAAACGAUAUGAAAAAAAUACAAACAACUUUACGGAAAGAUGAUCUCAAGUGGGAAUAA